GACUGCGCAUCCUUCAGCCUGGCCAACAUCUUGGACAUCAGCUACGACCAAGUGAUCUCGGACAUCCACCGUGCGCGUGAAGUGGACGCGUGUAUCCAAAUCUGGAACAACCUUCUUGCCGGGCGCAAGCGCAUUGCCAGCAUGUCGCCGCCAAAGAAGAACCCGAAGUUUGCAUUCAGGAGCGCAGUGGGCGGGGCCAGCAACGCCAACCUCGAAGCCUAG